UGAGGUCACGGAGAGGCACAGAGCGGAGCGCGCGCAGCAACGGCGACAGAGUGCGAGAGAGAGAGAGAGAGAGAGAGAGAGAGAGAGAGCGACAAAACAAGAGCUGUGCGACAGAAGCAGGAAACGUUUUAUUCACGCGACCUUAAGGCGAGCGAAACGAGCGAAUUCCUGACCGACAACUCGCUUUUAUACUUAUUUGAAAAGGGAAUUAUUCGCAGAACGCAGUGCUGUUGCCGCUGCUGGAUCUUCAUUGGAGCAGGAAGAAAUUCCCCUGCUUGCGUAAGAGAAAGAAAAAAAAACAGACCGAAAAGACUCCGGUGCGUGAGUACGAAGAGGAAAGUUUUCCCGUCUGAAAAGCAAAUGAACUCGGCUGAAAUCGCCACGCGUGAACCAUGCACGCGCUGUACAGCGUGGGAUAGCCGCGUCGUGUCCUGCUUUUGAAGGGGUUUCUGAGACCUCUGCAAAGUUUACUGGGGGUUUGUUCUCAUGCUACAGAAGACGGACAGUAGAAACGGAUCCCGUCACGCGCUCUCUUAGAGCCAUUGUUCGCAAGCUUUUUCGCUGGGGGAUUCUGCGUCUCUAAACCCGGGCAACCAGGGAGACAACUUGGUUGGAUUUACAUUUUUGCGUUUCUGCUUUUUUUUUCUUCUCCCCCAUGGUCUCUUCAUCAUCGUUCCUCACCUUGAGGAUGCACGUUCUUCUGAACUGCGUGUUGAUCUCGCAGCUCGCGCUGCUGCUGCUGCUUGCGAGAAGUGGCCGGGCGCUGCUGUGUUUGCCCUGCGACGAGUCCAAGUGCGAGGAGCCGAAGCAGUGUGUCGGCGCCGUGGUGCCUGGUAUAUGCGGCUGCUGCUCCGUGUGCGCCAAGCAGAAGAACGAGAGCUGCGGCGGUGUGUACGGCCUGUACGGCACGUGCGACGCGGGGCUGCGGUGCGUGAUCAGACCCCCGCUCGACGGCGGCUCCAUCACGCAGUACGAAGUCGGAGUUUGCGAAGAUGAAAACUGGGAUGACGACCAGCUCUUGGGAUUUGAACCGUGCAACGAGAACUUGGUUACAGGCUGUAACAUAAUUGACGGGAGGUGUGAAUGUGACAGCGUACGAACAUGCAACAACCCAUUUGAGUUUGCCAGCGAGGAGGCUUGUCAGACAGCCCUGAAGAAGAUCGAAGAGGAGAGGCCGGACUGCUCUAAAGCCAGGUGUGAGGUACAGUUCUCUCCCCGUUGUCCUGAGGACUCAGUGCUGAUUGAAGGUUACGCUCCACCUGGCGAAUGCUGCCCUCUGCCCAGUCGCUGUGUGUGCAGUCCUUCUGGGUGUCUGAGAAAAGUAUGCCAACCUGGCUAUCUCAACAUCCUCGUAUCCAAAAGCUCUGGCAAACCUGGAGAAUGCUGCGACCUGUACGAGUGCAAACCAGUUUUCAGUGUGGACUGCAGCACGGUGGAAUGUCCUCCCAUACAGCCCAUGCAGUGUCCAGCAGACAGCUACGAAACGCAGGUCAGGCUCACAGCCGACGGAUGCUGCACACUACCCACCAGGUGUGAGUGUUUGCCUGGUGUCUGCACCUUCCCACAGUGCUCAGCAGGAACACAGCCCCACUUGGUCUCCCGUGGUGAUGGAACACCGGGACGGUGCUGUGAUGUGUACGAGUGUGUCAAUGAGACUAAGCCGGCCUGUAUGUUCAAUGGAGUGGAGUAUCAUGAUGGUGACAUGUUCAGGAUGGAUGCCUGUCAUUUCUGCCGCUGCCAGGGCGGUGUAUCAGUGUGCUUCACGGCACAGUGCGGCGUCCUCCACUGCGAACGCUACUACGUACCAGAGGGAGAGUGCUGUCCUGUCUGUGAAGAUCCUAUCUUCCCUGCGCUGAAUUUUGCCGGCUGCUAUGUGAAUGGCCAGAUCCUGGCACAUGGGGAUCACUGGCGAGAGGACGACUGCACAUUCUGCCAGUGUGUGAGUGGCGAGGCCCGCUGUGUAGCUGCUGCCUGCGGCCAUAACUGCCUCCAUCCGGUCACAGUGCCUGGAGAAUGCUGUCCUGUGUGCGAGGAGCCCACCUAUAUCACCAUGGCGCCCCCUGGCUGCAGCUUGCUGGAGAACUGCACGCUGACUGACAAAGAUUGUGCCUUCGGCUUCCGGCUCAACUCGCACGGAUGCCGCACCUGCAGCUGCAAAACAAGAGAGGAGCUGUGCAGUGCUCUUAUCUUGGGCUGCACCUUGAAGUGUUCACUCGGCUUCCAGAUAGACAGCAAUGGCUGUCCCAUGUGUCAGUGCCGGCAUCGCCACAAGAAGUGCAAGCCAGUAGCCUGCGCCAAGUACUGCCCCUUCGGCUUUGUUAAAAACAAGCAUGGCUGUGAUACCUGUCGCUGUAAAAAAUGCCCUGAACUGCCAUGUGACAAAUCCUGUCCAGUGGGCUUCCAGCAGAACGAGCAGGGUUGUCUGAUUUGCCAGUGCAGAGACCAGGGUUCGUCUUCUCUUGGCCCCUCCGUUAAGCUGGGCUCAUGUCUCUCUAUGAACGGUCGGAGACAUGAGAAUGGCCAAAGCUGGCACGAUGGCUGCAGAGAGUGCUACUGCCACAAUGGCCGAGAGAUGUGUGCCCUGAUAUCCUGCCCUGUGCCUAACUGUGACAACCCGAGCAUCCGCGCCAGCCAGUGCUGUCCCUCCUGCCCAGAUGAGUCUGGCUCUCACAGGCCAGAGCUGAGCGAGGCGUCUGUGUGUCUCGCCCCGGGUGGAGAGUACUUUGUGGAAGGAGAGACGUGGAACAUUGACUCAUGUACACAGUGCACCUGCCACAGCGGCCGCGUGCUGUGUGAGACUGAGGUGUGUCCUCCUCUGCUCUGCCAGAGCCCAAUCAGAACACAGGACUCCUGCUGCCCACACUGCCCAGAUGAGCUGCUCACUCCGCCGGCCCCCAGCAACAACAGCAUGCCCAGCUACUGCCGCAACGAGGAGGGGGACAUCUUUCUGGCAGCCGAGUCCUGGAAGCCAAACGUUUGCUCCAGCUGUGUGUGUGUGGAUGGAGUCAUCAGCUGUUUCUCAGAGUCCUGCCCUCCGGUCAACUGUGCCCGGCCUGUCCUGCGCAAGGGCCAGUGCUGCCCCUAUUGCUUAGAUGCCACACCGAGAGCUGUGUGCCACUUCAACGGGAAAACAUACGUGGAUGAGGAGCGCUGGGACAUUGACAGCUGUACACAUUGCUACUGCUUGCAAGGCCAGACGCUUUGCUCCACAGUCAGUUGCCCUGCCCUCCCCUGCCACCAGCCAAUCACAGUGGAGGGCAGCUGCUGUCCCUUGUGCCCAGAGAUUGUCCCCACUAAUGUGCCUAUAGAGAAGACAGACCAGCAUGGAGACAGACUGAAACAUCGACCUGCUUGGCCUACUCACAGUGAGAACGACAUCAUGCCCCAGUUUAGAGCAGGUGACUUUGGCAGCCUGCAGAUGCCGUAUCUAGAUGGGAAGACACCGAUGCUCAGUGAGGAUGCCAGCCUUCAUUGGGCCUGGGUAGCAUUGCCCAUCCUCAUGAUGGUGCUCAUUAUCACCACUCUGCUGCUAGUCAACCAGAGGAAGCAGUGGAUGCAUGUACCUUGCUACCACACACCCUCUAAGCCCACAUGUCUGAAUAACCAGCUGGUGUACGUUGACUGCCAGAAAGGGACGAAGGUACAAGUGGACAGCUCCCAGCGCAUGCUGCGCAUCGCCGACCCUGACUCACGCUACAGUGGUUAUUACAGCAUGCAGAAACAUAACAACCUGGAGGCAGACAACUUCUACCAGACUGCGUGAGCGAGAGCAGCCUGCGAUGAGUGAAAGAGAUUUAGAGAGAGACAGAGAGACUGGGGUCAGCCGCCAUGCCUAGAGAGCACAUUAACAGAGAACUAUAAUUAAAAAGCUAUUAUCAUGGCUAAGAAAAUCCAGUGAUGGACAGUGCAACCAGAGAAGAGAGUUGAGAUCCUGGUAAAACACAAUAAUCAUAAUACCCACAUUAAUCAAACGCCACUCCAAAACGCACGCAGACGACUAAAGGUCUCAUCAGGACGUGAUCAUGUUGCCAAGUCAGUUACUGCAGGAGUGUAUUUAUUUGAAUGGGAGAUGCUGAAUGCAUUUCCUGGGAUAUUUUUGUGUGUGUUAUAGUGAGAAUGUGCGUGUGUGUGUGUGUGUGUCUGUGGUUGGAGGUUAAUGAGCUCAAACAUACAUAUUUGGAAUUAGGGCAGACUGGGGUGUUUUCAAAAGUGAUAUUUUUUGUGCAUUCCUGUUUUUUUUACACAGAAAAAAAAAGCUAUUUGAAAAAAGAGAGAGACUCGAAUCAAGUGCUUGGUGUGAAUGUUGAACCAAAGCUUCUCUGAGAGAGAUGAGUCUCCAUAGUAGAGAAGAUACUGGACUAUGAGGCAAAACGUGAGAAGAGAAAGACACACAAACAUGGUGAAAAAGAAUGAGAGAGCAGACCUGCUAGGACGUUUCCCUCUUCUUACAAUGACAGGGCUCAACUCUUUUUAGCCCCUUUAAAAGAGGAAUGGAGGACAACUGAGAAAGCAGCUCAGUGGAAAUUAGAUGUUCCUGCUUAGGUGGAGUUGGUCCCUCUGCUUACAAUUAUAAGCUUUUUUCCCCUUUCACAUUACAGUCUUUUUAUUUUAUUAUUUUAUUCUAUGACAGAGCAAAUAGACACUUUCUCACCCUCUCAGCAACAAUAUACAUUGUGAUAAAGGGAGAAUAAAGGGUUGUUACAUGGGAUAAAUAUAAGAGGUAGUUAUACUGGUUUGAUGAGUCUGUGCUACAAGUGCUGCUUUUUUGCUUUGAUUCUGUAGGCCUUGGUUUCUACAGGUUGAGCUGUAGUAUCAAUCACAUCCUUGGGAAACAUGCAAGGAAACACAAUCAAACAUUACGAUAAAAAGACUUUUGCUAGAGGACUUUUGUUUGAGGCCAAAAAUUCUCUCUAAUUAAUUCCCCUUGUUUCUUACAGAUUAUGAAACAGCUUCCUUCUCUGGAAGCUUUGAAAUGCUGUGGAAGCAUAUUUUGUUAAUCCUUGCUUGAAAGAAAAAAGAAAAAACUCUGCUUCCAAAUUGGCUUCAAAAUCCUACACACCUUAUAGGAACGUUUUAUGUACAUAUUAACGCUAUAAUGAAUAGACAUGAGAUAUUGUGUGAGUAUAUAUGUGUGUGUAUGUUUGUGUUAGCAUGUAUGUACGUGUGUGCACACAAACGCACAUGCAUGCGCACAUUGACUCUGCUUCACCUGUAAAGUUCUCUGUUUCAUUUUUCUUACUGAAUGUAUUUAUGACUGAGUUUAAAAAAGAGAGAUUUCUAUCUACAGAAAUCUGAUCAUGACAGGCAUUCCAUUGCCUAGUUUGUAUGAUAGUAAGUCGAAAGACGGACCCACAGAGAAAAAAGGCAGAAAGAAAAGACAAACAUCUCAUUCUAUUUGUUGUUUCCUGUUUUGUUGUUUUGUUUUCCAGUGGCUUUUCUCUCUUCCUUCCUCUGUUUUGUUUUGCUUUGUUUUGUUUUGAAUGGAGUGGUCCUCAGCUGACCCAACCCCAUACUGUUUUAAACAGGCCCUCAUUGAUUUGCCCAUCUUAAUGAGCCGGGGGGGGAAAAUUACAUAUAUAACGAUGGUCCUAUGAGUAAAUGCAAGACUGCUGGGAUGUACUUGCUUACUUGCUGAGGUGCUGAUUGUGUUUUUUAUUGACAGUAGGCUCAACAGCAAAAUCUGGCAAAGGUGUAUACGUGAGCACCAUGCCACGGCUUCAUAACUGUCCAAAAGUGGCACUUGUCGAUUCUUGGCCUGCUUUUGAAUAUUCAUACUAACCUGUCUUGAGCAGAUAGAUUGAUAGGAUUAUUAAUAUGCUGUGGUGUCAAUGCACAUUUCUGCUGGAUUCAGCCACAUUCUGACCGAUAAUGUAUGCAAUUCACUGAAUGAUCUGGCCAUAGUGAUGGCCAGUAAAAAAGCUGAAAUACACUAUCUCUGCAUCUGCUGGUUCUAGGGGUCUGAGAAAACAAGACUUCUGCCUGUUUCUGGUCUUGCAUCAAAAACACAGCAAAGGAACUUACCUUUUCAUUCUAGACACAUCAGCAGCUGUGUUUGUUGUUUAUAUUCUAUAAAGGUAAAGAAUGGUCAUCAGUAUUCACAGAGACAUAGACUAUGAACUUCAUGCAUUGCUAUUGAUAUGAUUUUGCAGUUAGGCUUUGUUAGUGGUUGUGGACUAUGUUUUAAUUUCAAACAGUUUGGGUACAGAUCGUUGCCCAUAAUUCCAAUACCAUCAGGGCCUGGCACAACAAACAUCCAUGGUAUGACAACCAUAGUUGACUUUUUGGAAUACUAAAAAUUCAACCACUAGGAUUACUGUCACGUGUGCAGUCAGGUUGUGCAGUAAUACACACUCAUUUGAUGGUGCAGAUUUAACAAUAACAAGUCCAUUUCCUCGAGUACUCCAAAUGAAAAUGAGAAAGAUGGCAAGCAUGACAUAGCAGGACAUAGUUUUACUUAUACUUUUUUUUUUUUUAGUGCACAAGUGUCACAGUCAUAAGUUGUUGACUUUGCUGUUGGUACAUGGCAAGUAAACAAGCACAUAGAAAUGCUCCACUAGUUCCAAAGGAAACCCUGGCAGUCUGGAAUGUAAGGAAGUAGGACAUUAUAUUUGUAGUCUUUAAAUAGGCUAUUAUGGUAGCCAGAUAAUCCAUCUAUACAUGAGAGUGUGCAUAAUUACAGUACUUUACUCCACUAUUACUUGGCAAGCUAUUAUGACUAUGUAAAUUGCUUAAACAGCACUGUGCUCCCUGACAAGGACAAGUGCUUUUUAAUUAAACGAUAUACUUCCAACCUUUGUGCUACAAGUGGACACUCGCAUACCACCUCUGAUGUAGGUAAGUGCAAGUCAACAAGGGCAUGUUGAAAACAGUUUUGUACUGCAGGUCAUGUCUCUUUGCUCUUUCCUUGUUCUGUGUUUUGAUCUGAUAGUGUGAGUUGUUGGUUUGCAGCUCCAUUGUUUUCUCAGUCACAGGACCCUUCAUGCGUCAGAACUACUGGAACCUUGGAAAACAAGUUGAAUCCCAAACAAGGCCCCUUGUUAGAUAGGGUGCAAAGCCACUGGUUCAUACCUUGUGCAGUUGGGGGCCAAUCAGGAUUGAACCAUAAGCUGUUGAAAAGAGGGGGAGGGGCAGGGCAUAGGACUAGUUCUUGUUGGUUGUGUCUAAAAUAUCUUGUCUGAUAAUGUUUGUAGAACUAUACUUUUGGCACUUUUAUAUACUUUAACGAGUAACCUCUGGGUUUUUCUUUUUUUUCUUUCUAACAAAUGCUUUUCAUAGAAAAAGUUGCCCUUUUGUGUUCUUAAAACCUUGCGGGACCCUUUGCAGCAAUGAGCAGUGUGUCGUGUGUGUGUGUGUGUGUGUGUGUGUAUAUAUAUAUAUAUGUAUGUGUGUGUGUAUAUAUAUAUAUAUAUAUAUAUAUAUAUAUAUAUACACACACACACAUAUAUAUAUACAUACAUACGCACAUACACACACACUAGCUCUCAAACUUUAUGGAAGCAUGUGGUUAUAUUUGUACCUGGGAUUACUGUGAUGGGGAAUUCACUGAACAAAAUGGGAAUAUUUACUCUUUAUCUUCAGAGAGUAGACAGAGAGAGGGCUAUAGACCAGCUUCCCUCUGGUCAAAUCACAGCAUUCUCUUCACCGUGUAAACACUGCAGCUUAUUGAACCUUCUGAGUCUCAGUCACGGCCAGUGAAGAGACUCGAGAUAAACAAGCAGCGGUACAGCGCGACAUAAACAAUUGUUUUGUAGACUAAAACCACAAAGCUGAAUUCCAACUUGAUAUGACCAUUUUUAGUGAGUAUUAAAAUUGUUUGCAUUAUUCAUCAAUAUGCAUUAUUCAUCAGUAUGCAUCAAUAUGCAACUCAAGUUCAAAUUCAACACUGCCUGUUACAAAGCAACAUUUACUAUUUAGUGCUCCUGAACAGGUUUUGGCUACACCACUACUACCUAUCAUUUCUAAAUCUGUUUUAGUGCAGACAUAUUGACUUUGGGAUGUGGCCAUUGGGAUCUAAUGACUGAAGAGAACCAUUGACUGAUUCCUCUUCCAGCAGUUCUGCCUGUUCAAAGGGUCUCGCAGGAUCUUUAUUUUUAUUAAAUAUUUUUUCAGUGCAUCCUUCAAGUAUUGUUGUAAAUACUUGAGUGUCACUCGCCAUUAAAAAAAAAAAAAGACAAAAAG